GUGUGCGUGCGCCUGUUUCGUAGUACGCGCCACGGCCACGUUCGCAUAGGGGUGCGCUCGCUUCUCCCUCCAGGUGUCCCAACCUAACCUACCCCUACUUCGCUUCGUAUCCCUUGCUUCGGCCAAUCUGCUCUCCCCUCUGUCCUCGGUGCUCGCGGUCGGUUUCCCCUCGCCCAUCCCUUCCAAUCCGGCUGCUUGCUCCCACCAUUGGCUCGAGGCGACGAGCGCACAGCUGCCACACUGCGAAGUGCGAAGGACUGGAGAGACGCGCAGCGACGCCGUUACAGUCCAGCCGGUUGUUUGGACUAACCUAUAAAAGUGUCGAGGAUAGAAGAAAGAAGGAAAGACAAGAGAGAGAGAGAGCGAGCGAAAGGGAAACAGUGGCCGGUGUGCGUUACUCGUGUUUUUUCCUCUGGCUAGAACUCGUGUCCCGUGGAUCGCGCGAAAGCCGGCUAGCGUCGUCUUUUCGCAAACGUUUCGUGUCAACGAAGGAGGCGUUCCUUUCCAACGUUCCUCCGUAUGCGAAGGAUAAUUUCGCUUGCCGAGAACCGGCAGAACAGGGAGUACCUUUGUCUCGAACGCGUCGCGGCUCUCGGCCGUGGUUUCUUUGCCGAUCGACCGGUCGUGCGAAUCGUUUUCGCGGCAUCGAGAAGGACGCGGCACGAUCGUUGUGUAUCGUUUACUUGUAUUCGCAUCGUCGCGACCUUGAACUUGUGUGCCUAUACCCCAUCGAGUGGCUGUGCGUGGUUCGUUUAACCUGUGGCCUCGAUCGCUCGAAGGUGAAACAGAGUGCGGAGAGAAGGCAAAGAGAGAGAGAGAGAGAGAGAGAGAGGAAAAGGAAUCGAAGAAUCGUCGAGCAAGAUCCUGGAAGCGAGAGCGUCUAACGAUGUUUCCCUAUACAACCUUCCCGGCAGUAGGGCUAUACACGAGUUUUCUUCUCGGCGAAGAGGAUCAGAGGAGAAUGAAUUAGAGAGACAAAGAGACAUACAGUGUGAGACGCGCAGCAGCAGGUGGACCAAGAGAGAGAGAAAGAGAGGGGGUGGUGUGCACCAAGGCACCGCACGCGUUCUCGACUGUGAUCAUUGAGAACACCUGUGUGUUCUCUGUCUCUCUGUUUUUCUCAAGGAUGCAGGUACGAAUCCUGGUUGCCGCUGGCCCUGGUGAACCGACGCUGAUGGACCACCACCAGGUGCUACGAGCACAAACGAUGGAGCAACGGUGACCGGGGCACGGUGGUGUCUAUUGUCUCUCCGCCGGCAUGGAGGCAGCAAAUGGUACGAUCGAGCACGAUUUUCACAAUGCCCUGGUGCCCAUAAACGGUAGCCAUUCCGGCAGCUCCGGUAGGAGUACACCGAAUGGCGGCGACCCAGCACCGGGUAAAUUGUUCGUCGGUGGCUUGUCUUGGCAGACCAGCAGCGAAAAGCUGAGGGAGUACUUUGGCAUGUUCGGCACCGUCACCGAUGUCCUCAUCAUGAAGGAUCCGGUUACACAGCGUAGUCGCGGCUUCGGUUUCAUCACGUUCGCGGAGCCGGGUAGCGUGGACAAGGUGCUGAAGUGUCCGAUUCAUACGUUGGACGGGAAGAAGAUCGACCCGAAACACGCGACGCCAAAGAACCGCGCGAAACAGGCGAAUCGGACGAAGAAGAUCUUCGUGGGGGGCGUUAGCCAGGACACGAGCAGCGAGGAAGUGAAGGCCUACUUCAACCAGUUCGGUAAAGUCGAGGAGACCGUGAUGCUGAUGGACCAGCAGACGAAACGUCAUCGUGGCUUCGGUUUCGUCACGUUCGAGAACGAGGACGUGGUGGAUCGCGUGUGCGAGAUCCACUUUCACACGAUUAAGAACAAAAAAGUGGAGUGCAAGAAGGCUCAGCCGAAGGAGGCGGUUCAACCUGGCGCGUUGGCCCUCGGCAAGAGGGUGGUUUUGGGCGCUCUCGGCGUUAGAUUAGCGCCACAGCCGCCGUUACCGGUCGCCGCGGCGUCUCAGUUAGUGGCGGCACAGGCUCAGGCACAAGUACAAGCGGCCGCGGCCGCGGCUGCGGCUGCCCAGGUUCAAAACGCCGUUGCCGGUUACGGGAAGCUGUUCGCCAGCAGCUAUCCGGCCCUGUCCGCUUACCGAUACGCGCCGUACCCGAUCCCAGCGGCGGCGGUGGCAGCGGCCGCGGCCGCAGCCGCACCGACCCCGGCUCCGGCACCCCCGACAGCCGCCGCCACGCCAGCUGCUGCCGCCGCAGCCGCAGCCGCCGCGCCCGCGAACCCUUACCAGGGUUACUCGCUCACCAACGUCGACAUGUCCAGUUUCCAGGGUGUCGACUGGGGCUCCAUGUACGGUAUGGGAAUGUACGUUUAAACGGUACCGCGCACCCCCGCCCCUUCCCCCGCCACCGCGUUUUUUCUAUUCCUGAAUCUUCGUAUUAUCCUCUACUGCGCGUUCGUUUUUCCAACCUCGUCUUCGAUAAAGUAGUCUUCCUCGAAUGAACGCGUGCUUCUGCGCGAUCGUAACGCGUUCCCUCGCGAACCGCUGCAAACGUCUCAAAGUUGAGCUAUCCCAACAACGAUGGCCCAAGAACCGCGCGAAAGAAGCAAGAGGAGAGGUUGAAGAAGAAGGGAAAACGGGAAGAAAGAAUCUGGAAAUCGUGGGGCGGGGGAAAUCUCGGUGGACGAAAACGCGUCGAGCAGGACGCGAGGACUUUCCUGGCCGGAAACCGAAGUCAUUCUUCUUGCGUUUACUAUUACGUCAUUAUCGCCUAUCGAUUAAUUUAUUAGCGUGAGUGAGCGAUUGAAAAGGAAGCGAGAGAAGAGGAUACAAAGAAAAAAAAAGAUGAGAGAGGGAGAGAGUGCAUGCGUGUGUGGGUGAUAACGAAAGAGAUGAGAGAAAGAAGAAGAUAUCGUGUUAUCCUUCGUCCGCGAUACCCACUCGCGAUUCUUUUUGUCCACGCGAUUAUUCCACGCGUUUUGUGUUUGCGCCACACUCGUUAGGUUCCUAGUUAGAUUAUAGCAUUCACCCCCUUUGUGACGCGAUACGCGCAGCGUCGCCGUCGUAUUCAUUCGUUUGCGUUCUUUUCCGGCUUCCCGCCGCGCCCAACCGUACGAUAACUAACUAAUUACUUAAUUACUUAAUCGAUUAAGCGAUAUAUCGGCGGCCGUGCGCGGCCGUGCACGGCCGCCCUACUCUCAAGGAUCUCGACCACGAAGCAAUAAAACAGGGGAGGUAGAAAUGAGAGAUACAGACGGAAAGAAGAGAGCGAACUUGGAACGUUGUGCCGUGAAAGAGCUUUCGAACCAAAACCGUUGCGUAUCCGCGGAACAAGCUCUCUUUCGUUUUAGACUUUUCAAAGAGAAUAGCGACCGUAGCUCGUGAACGAAACGGAAGUACGCGGAAGAAGGGAAGGGUGAUGGGGUGGUGGUAGUUGUACCGGUAGUCGCGCGACGCUCCUUCGCCUCGAUCAAAGUGCCAAACGAACGAAGCCUUGCGAACAUAUUCGCUCGAGAAAUCAUCCUCGAUACUCUUCUGUAGCAAGUUCCCUGGGUAACCGCGCGAUCCUACUUUCCGUAAUCGCUCGUCCUUUCGCCGCGUGCUUCCGGUUGGCAAAUCAACGAGACGGAAGUUGACGUACGUUCGUUCGCACGGUCAGAAGAAAAGGGUUACGCGUACGUAGAGGAAAUAAAUCAGGCGUACACGUACGAGAAACGCGUCUACGUAGUAUAACGCAUAGGUAUACAUAUAUUUUUUCUUCGAGUAAUGGAAGACAAUAUUUCUCCAUCGCGCGAGAGCAGAAGGAGCAGUAAUGCGAAUUUGACGCGUUUCGAGGGAAAACUCGCGUUCCCAUCUGUAUACUAAACUAACAGUCGCGAACGAGCGAGCGACUUUUUUUUUGCUAACAGCAAAACCGAGAUUGAGAUUAGCUCAUUAUAAGUUAAGCGACCCUAACUCGUAAGUUUCAACUAGGUUAAGUUAGACGUUUAAGGCGUUCGUAAGAAAACGAGUCGAUACUUAAUUUAUACACGUAUCUAUCUCUCUGCGAGCCGCGUUCUUCUCGCUCUCGAUUACGCGACGAAUCGAUCGGCCGCCACUUCCGUUACACUUACGAUUUUCCGCAACGACGGGUUCUCCGAGUUCUAAAAGGAAAAAAACUCGAAUUGUCUCUAAUCUUUGACCGCCUUCGAACUAGCGAUUUCAACGGAAGUGCGGAAAGAUCGACGAUGUAAGCACCUCCCGUGUAUCUACAGGCGUCACGAUUCGACGAGAAGAGAGAAAAAAUGAAAAUAAAAGAAAAAGAGCGAGUCGAAAGCGAGAAAAGCGCGGCACGUGGAAACACAUGUGAGAACUUUCGAGCAAUAAGCGAUUCGUUAAGCUGUACCGUUUCCGUUUAACGAUACGAUGAUAGCGAGGAAAGAGCAGAUUGCAUGGUACUGAUACGAAGGAAUAAUUAACAGGAGCGUGGCUUGCUAGCGAUAGCAAGCGGGGACGGUAAGAUAGGGGGUAAGAGCGUAGAAAAAAAAAAAGUAAAGAAGGGAUGAAGGAUGAAAAGUUCGAAGAAAAGGAUCUUUCUUCGAACGACGAAUAAUAUUCUAUAGUGAUAUACACACCUUAACAUAUACUUAACAUGUACCGUAAUAUUAACGACGACAAAGCUCGCGAGUGAUAUUUAUUACUUAUAAGAAAAUGCUUAGAACGAUAAGCAGACGAUAAGUGAGUUAAUACGGACGUGUGCGUUAUAAGCGAGAGUCGAGAGAACGAAGCACGCCUUAUGAAAUCGCGAAAAGCAAGUAUACACGCGCGCGUUAUAUCUGCCGAGCAGAAUUAAACAAGAGGCGAUGAUUCGAGAAACCACGGUGCGACCGAAUUUUAUUUUUUUUAUUUUUUAUUUUUUUUUUCUUCUUCUGUUUGUUUCUGUGAAAUCCAGGGUCUACGCGUACUCGUCGAUGCGCCGUUUCGAGAACACGAACCAUGGGUGCGUACUUGAAGUUAACCUCGAGGACACCCGAUGUCAAAGCAUUCGAACUAUCUCCUCGAUCCACCUACAUUCGUCCAUUUCUUUUCUCGUUUUUUUUCCCGUGUUUCCUUCUCUUCCUACCCUCUUUCAUUGCGAACGUCGUAGAAACGAUCGAUGAAAGAGAGGAAGGGUGACGCAUCCGGUAUCGUCGAUCCUCUUCGUCGAUUAAAUAUCGAUUUUCCUUCUCGUUCGAACAGGCUCGACGACAUCGAAACGCAUUUCUGGGUGUCCUCAUUUUUCCUCCCUCCGUGUCGUUUAUGCCGAUGAUAAUGAUUAUGUUACUUUUGUUUUUUAAUUAACAAAAUCGGUGCAGACUUGCCGCUGAUAGAGAAACGGGAUCUUUCGAAUCGAUCGACCGAUCGAUUUGCUCGUCGAUUCGGAAUGACCUUUGAACUUGCAUCGAUGCAAACGCCAUCCAUCGUUGACAGCUAGCCUCUCCUCCACGAACGCUUCCUUCUUUUUCCUCCCCCGAACCAUUUUCAACCCCCUUUGAUAUACACCUUCCGGUGAUAUCAUGUAUUGUACAUGCUAAUACACGAUCGCGCGCACACACGUACACACACGUACACACACAUACGCUCAUACUCACAUUUUUACUUAUUUUCACAGAAAUCAAGUACACGUAUAGACAGACAUAGUUACACGUAUUGCGAAUGUCGAAAGUAAUUUUUAGCGUAGUUAGUAUUUUGAUAAACGCUAACCACCCAUUAGUUGAGAAUGAUCAGUAGGUAAAGCAUGCUGGUUGAGAAAUAUCUUUAGAUUUCUGAUUCCUGUUGUUCCUUCACCGCCCUCGUCGUGUCGUUGUACGUUUUAACAAGAAUUAUCUGUUAUUCUUGCCGAUCGCGAGCGAGCGCUAACGAGAGAUACCUAAUCAAAUUUCCCUCGUUCUUUUUUCGUUUCAUAGUUUUCUUAAUUUUACGUUAAUUUUUUUUUUCUUCUUCUUUGUUUAUUUAUCUUUGUGUUUCUUCAUUUAAAUUUUUAAUCAUCAAACGAUUGCAUGCAUCUUUUUUGUUAUUCAUUUUCUCGAGAGAUUUAUCAACUCGAAGGAAAUACCGGUCUGGCGACGAGAACAGAUCCGUUUCGACGGACGCAAAAAGACGGCUGUCGAAUAAUUUUCGCGAUUCAUAAAUCUAAGAUAAGUUGUAACGUUACCGAUCGAAAAUAUACAAAGUGCGCGAAACGUUGUUCACUGGAUGUCAAUCAUUAGUGGUAUUUCACCCCUGUUCACGAUAUAUUCACGUUCCUGUGAUCCACUUUUAAUCAGAUUUUUCUCUAGAUAAAAGAAACGAAAGCUCCCUUAAAUUCUACCGUAUUCCGCCGAACGGAAGAGAAUUAUUGAAGCAAUUAAACGUUCGAACGUAACGAUACGCGGAUCUUUUUUUUUUUUAUCGACGACCGGUCGUUUUGGCAAUAAAUUUAUAGUUCUUUCUCUUCCGCGAACCUUCCUGUCGCGUCGAAGGGAUCGUUCGGAAAACUAAAAGCGAUAAGCCGUUUCGUCGUUUUUCCAUUGAAGCAACGAAGCGAGAUAGAGGGAUGGGGUGAACAGAGACGAAGACAGAAAGUAACGCACCCUCGUCGAGACGCGUCCUAGAUCCUCACCCGAGUCCACCCGCUCUCCAAACACACCCUCGUUUAACUGAAUCCGGUACUUUGUGCCUCUCCUCGCUCUUAUUAUUACUUAAUCUCAUUAUUGUCUAUCUAGCCAUCACCAUUAUUACCAUCGUUAUUGUCAUCACCGUUAUUAUUGUCGACUGAUUACCGAUCGUUUCCAUUUCCUUCGUUCUCUGUUCGAUUCGUACAUUUCCGUUCGUUUACUCGUGUCGUGUGCCAUAAACACGGAGCGACCGUGCAACGAGACACGAGAAGAUCAGUUCGACGCGACGCGACGAUCGCAUCACGAAAACGACGCGAAAAUCUCUGCUCCGCUUUUCCCUCGGGCUAGGCUGAUCCGUCGCGGGGUCCAGGGGGUCGAAACCACCCACGAAAAGGGAAACUCUCCCAUCGAUACCCUGUUCCAAUUCGCCGAGUACCUUCCGCUCGUUGAAAAUCAACCCCCGACCUUAGGAUUGUUCGUCGAAUGCUUUCUAUUAUUUUCUCCCAACGAAACCCGUUCAUUCUUUCUAAACGAACCGUUACUCUGAUUUUCAUCUUUCAUUUUUCGUCCUUUCCGCUCCGUUUACCGCCGAUAGAUCGGCUCUUAUUUUCAUCCGCGACGAAUCAGCCGGCUGCGACGCGUUAUCGAGAACGAGACGGUACGAUACGACAGAAGAAAGAGAGAGAGAGAGUAAGAGAGAGUGAGAGUGAAAUUGAAAGAGAGAGCACGCAGGGCGGCGAACGCGAAGAACGACAUAAACGACAGAUUAUUUAGUUUAGUUCGAUGCCUAGAUGAGUUGCCAAUAAAGUAGUUCAUUUCAAACUUGUAGCUAACCUGUAUUGUGUGUACAACAUCCUAUCUUCCGUCGUUGAUCCUUUUAUUAUUCUUUUUCUUCUUCUUAUGUUUCUUCCCUAAUAGACAGUCCUUAGCCGUAUCUGUGUACCUCGGCUAAUUGUAUUUUAUCAUUAUCAUCAUCAUCGUCAUUAUCAUUAUUAUUAUUUUUACUUCUGCCAGAUAUAAUUGUUUCUUUCAUUUUCCGUUUUUUUUCUCUUCUUCUUUUUUUUUAUUUUGGUGCUGUGUAAUAUUUUCUACCUUUUUACUUACUCGCACACGUAUUCUGUUUGUGUCUCUCUGUAUAACACGUUUAACCCCGAACUAGCGUGUAUGUUGAGAUAAUAUUUAUUGCGAAACGUGUUUGAUUAUUUAAUACGAUUCGUUCAGGCUAACCCUCUCCCUCUGUCCACCGCCUUUAUCCCCGAUUUUCCUUCGAUCGCUGGACUCUCGUCGACAGCGUCGAAGCCGUCGUUCGUGCCGGAGGCGUAGCACCGCGAGCGCAACGCUAAUUGGCUAAUUAAUAUUAAGCCGUAACUAGCCUCGUUAACCCCGCUGGGCAUUCGUUUCACGCCGCUCUCUGGUUGGUCGGGAGCACCCUGUGCUCAGUCGCGUUCUUCCUUUGGUAGCCGCGCGUUCGUUCCGGACGUGCACCGCGUCGAGGGUCUUCCUUUCCGUCUUUCAAUCGCUCACCGACGCGUCAUCGUCAUCGACGACGUUCGGGGAAAUUCGAAGGGAGGGUAAAGAUCAUCGACGCGGAGACGUUCCAGGAAAUCGUCGAAUAGAAAAGCACCGCGUUGUCCCUCCGGUACGUUUCCCACCUAAGACAAUAACGUUUCUUAACAUGGUUGCUUCCUCUCUCCCGUCACACAAGCCCUCAUGUUGCUUCUUAAGCUGUUUAAAACAGCCGGCGAAAUUGUUGUAGCGCAUGCAUUUUAGCUAGAUCAUCCUUGGCGCGCUCUAACCAGCAAGUAAGAGUAAAAUUUAAUAAAUUCGAUACGCAUACAA